AAGGCCGAAACAUUCUGGCGGCUCUAUGAUUUGACAUGUUGUAAGCCACUCGAAACCAAGCUCAGCCACCACUUAAUUCAGAUUGUCACGUUGUCUUAAUUCUGCACACGCGUUACUUUUAGCUGUUAUCGGCUGAUAUUCUUGAUAAACGUAAGUUCACGCUUUGUACUUAUUAAGUCAUUGGUUCACAUUUACAUUGUUAUUUCAUUUCCAGUUUCUUUCACACACUGCCCCUCACACCUCAACAUACAACGUACCUUCAGGCUAAACACAAAGCCAUUGGGAGUUAAACUUAAUAAUGUUGCCUUCAGAUAAUGAUCCAAGUCAUCCACAUUGCUCAUCUCCAACAAAUGUUCAUGAUACUGAAAAUCAUGUGUCUAGGACUUUCGCAAAUUCCUCCGCAGAUUUCCAUAAGAAACGAAAAUCAAAAUGGACUAUCGACGAUAUAGAUAUUGGGAGGAAACUUGGCGAAGGUCGCUUCGGUUCAGUGCAUCUUGCGAGGGAAAAAGCUAGUCGAUUUGUCAUUGCUUUGAAGAUACUUUUAAAGCCUAGACUAGUAACAAAGGAAUUAAUGAAACAAGUGCAACGAGAAAUAGAAAUACAGUCACAUCUAAAACACCCAAAUAUUGUUCGUAUGUACAGUUAUUUUUAUGAUAAGAAGCGUAUUUAUUUGGUCCUUGAGUAUGUACCUAGAGGGGAGUUAUCUAAAGAAAUCAAUCGCUUUGGUCAUUUUGGAGAUAGUCGCGCAGCAACUUACGUAUACCAGCUUUCCAAAGCUCUUUCUUACUGUCAUCAAAAUGAUGUUAUACAUCGAGAUAUCAAACCAGAAAAUAUACUCCUUGGAGCUCGCGGUGAAGUGAAGAUUGCAGAUUUUGGCAGCGCAGUGCACUUACCAGCUUCACGACGUAUGACUACUUUCGGUACGCUCAAUUACUUGGCUCCCGAAUUGUUCCAUUUGGAGUGUGUUCAUGAUCAUCGUGUAGACAUAUGGAGCUUGGGAAUACUAACUUUCGAGAUGCUUACCGGUCAUUUACCCUUUGAUGGUGAAACCUUCCAGGAGAUCUCCGAAAAGAUCCGAAAUGCUGAUGUUUCAUAUCCAGAUACAUUAAAUCUGGGUGCGACGAAGCUCAUUACUAGUAUGCUCAAGAAGUUGUCAAGUCAAAGGGUUUCUUUAAAUGAAAUCGAUAAUUAUGACUGGAUUAAAAUGCAUGCUGAAUUUUCUGUCAAUCAAUGCAAAGCAGCUCUUCAAGAUUGGGAAAAUGUUAAUAAUCAAAAUUCUACUUGUCCUUCAUCUAGUAGUUACGAGUGCUCAUCUACAUUUGUAAAUACAUUUUUAAACGAUUGAUAUUUUCAUAUAUUUCACAUUGCAUUACCACUUGUUGUCUUUCAGGAUAUCUUAAUAUAACAAUUAAAAAGCUUAUCAUUUUAAUUAUAAAUGGUUAUCAUUUUUACCAUAAUCUAUAUGCUCAUAUGUACAUGUAUUUGCAUGACAUUAACCUCUUUCACUAUUCUAUCAUAAAUACUUGAUAGACAUGUUUUAUGUUAUUAUUACGUAUAUCUGUAAAUUAAUUACACAUAUAUUUGAAGAAUGUUAUUUUAUUGUUGCAUAUUUAAUUUAAGGAAAAUUCUAGGAGUC